GCGUUCGUUCGUGUUUUCGGCCCGAAACAGUCAUCUCGACGACGACGUGGGCGUCUCACAUGUGCGAUUUCACCACUUUAUUAUAACUUACUGAAAGUUUCAAUGUGCUGUUGUGUUUGUUCAUCGUAGACUACUUAUCUAUUCUACUAGAUAAGUGGUGGUAGUAGUAGUAGUAGUAGUAGUACUAUCCUACAUUGUUGUUGCAAGUUGUCGCCAGUUACCAUCACAAUGUAUAUCAUUAAAGGCUAAAUUUUCAUUGUUAUUACUUUCAAAAAGCGCAAGAUCAGGUACAAUACAAUGUUUGACACUCGCAAGUAAACCGAUCAUUAUAUAAAUAGAUAGUUAUAACUUUGCUUAAUUAGCAAAAAUAUUUUUCUUUAUUCUCAAUAUUAAAAUUAAAAAAUCGUUUUGAAAAAAGAAACUAAACAAUUAAAUCUCAUUAUUUUCUAAAUAUCGACACAAAGUAUAAUAGGUAAAAGGAUUAUUUUUAAAAUACUAGAAUAGGUAGUUGCUUACUUUACUGCUAAGUCCAGUUGGUUCCAUAAGAAUUGGCAAAUAAAAAUGGAAAGUAUUUUUUAAUAAUUUUAGUACUAAGUUAUUGGCAGUAUUAUUUUAAAUUUAUCGCUACAUUUUGUCACUUAAUAGAUGCAUCUUUAUUUAUUUUCUCAAGUUGCAGAAAUGAUAAACGUAUAGAACGCACCUAGUUACUUUGUUGUAUGCUGAAGAGGGUACGGCUUAUGUUUCAAUUGUUAGAAGCGACAACAGGCGAGACCUGCCCAUAUUGAUUAAUUACUUUAAUUUUCAAUUUUGGAUAAUUGAAUAACAACACAACAGAUCAAAAAAUUAGAAAGGGUAAAUUGUUUUAAUAUUUCGCUAUAACAGUAGGGUAGUGUUCCUUUAUAGUGAAAAUAAGCGAGAUUGACGUAGUAGAUAAAGAAAAUGCAACAAUGUCGCGACUAUCCUGGACAUUUUCCCUAACAAAGAACUUCUGCCGGUGUGGUUAUUUUAACGUGCCGGUGCAAGAAUUCGUUUUUAAAAUUUCUACGCGCGAUCGCGUCGACCCGACCUCACGAACCGUCGAACUGCGGCAUUAAAUUGAAGUUAAAAUUAAAACCGAAGUAAACAGCGCGAAAAUGAAACUUUGGAAAGUCUUGGCGAGGAACAGCCACGUCUACACCAGCCAUGUCAAACAAAAGAACGGAAUGGAACUCUACGAGUUUAAAUCGAGAUCGCCAACUUGCUCGGAGGAUUCGGGCAAGCGCUCGGAGGAUAGCAGUUUACAUGACAGUUUUCAUCAACAGUCUUUCUUCACGACCGUCCAACUGAAAAAGCGACCCGGAGAAGCUCUGGGAAUAACCGUUACGUCAGCGGGGAAUUCCGAAAUGGAAAUGUGUCCCAGUAUAGUUUCUUUACGACCCGGUUCGGUAGCACUUACAAGUGAUCAAUUGGUGCCAGGCGAUCGCAUCCACAGUGUCAACGGAAUCAAUACAUCAAGAAUGAGACCGGAAGAGGUGCUAACUCUUCUCGAAAAUAUUGAUGGAAACGCUUCGUUGGACAUCGAGUACACGCUGCCACAUUACGCAUCACAAAACUCCCUAUGUGUUAUGUCAAAAGUGACAGAGGUCGCGGUGGAGAGAAUUGACGGAUCGUUGGGACUAACACUGAGAGGAGGUGCAAAUCACGAACAACCUCAUCUCAGUAGGCCAUUUGUCGUAACCCACAUACGACCUCACGGUUCCGCUCAAAGAACGGGAUUAAUACGGGUAGGUGAUCGCCUCUUGAAAGUGGACAAUCAGUCUCUUUCAAAUAAAACCUUGAUGGAGGCCCAACAAAUACUGAAAGAUCCCUCGCCGAACAAAAUUUUACCGUCGGUGACCACCCUGACCAUAGAGUAUGACGUGAAUAUUAUGGAGACUGUCAAGUACGCCAAUAGUCCGCUGUUGGUAGAAAUUGAGCCCAGUGAUAAUGAUCUAGGGCUUGUGUUAACCAACUACUGUGAUUUUGAACCAGACGAAAUCCUAUCCGCAGGUUUCUUCAUUGACCAAAUUAUACCAGGAAGUACCUCUGACAGAUGCGGCGCUCUAAAUGUCGGAGAUCAAUUAUUAGCAAUAGACGACAUCUGUUUGGACGAUUGGAACGGUAGUCCGAGAGAUGCCGAAAAGUUAUUAAGAGGUGCCACUAAACUCCAAAUAUUACCAGCACAUGCGGUACAACGAUCGUCCUCACGAAAUUUUAAGUCCGGUGUUUAUCAAAGCAGUCCGAGCGUCUCAGGGUUUAGCACAAUUAAUUCAAGAAGGUCGAGAAGUAGGAAUAAUCGAUAUAACAACCGUAAGAGCUCAGUACCAAAACUAUUUGAGGGAGGAGAUCAAGUGAACACAUUUUGUACAUCACCAGGAACCAGAGGCGUCUGUCAUUCUGAAACCCUCUAUACAACAUUGGUCGCUGACAGGGGCAAAGGUUAUGGAUUAACCUUAGCUGUUGGUGAACAUUCUGAUAAUAGGCCCAUGGACAUACUGAUCGGAAGGAUUGCAAAUGACUCCUCAGCUUACAGAUGCGGAUGUCUACAAACGGGUGACCGUAUAAUAUCGGUAAAUCACCAACCGAAUCUCACUCUUCAAGAAAUCAAUAAUCUUUUAGAGGCGGGUACAGAUCCAAAUAACACUCCUAAAAUUAUUGUUCAAGUCGAGUUUGACGUAGCGGACACAAUAGUUCCAUCAAGCGGAAUUUUUACAGUGAAAUUGCCUAAGAAGGGCCCUGGAUUGGGUAUAACAAUCACAGCAUCCAAAAAUCAUCCAGACGAACCUUUUAUCAUAUCAGAAAUUCGUAGAGGUUCAAUAGCUCAUAGAACGGGUACUUUACAUGCAGGAGAUAGACUGUUAUCGAUCGACAAUAGAUCCUUGGAUAACGUUAAUUUCGAAUCAAACUUCGACAUUUUCCAAUGGUCUACAAACGACAUUGUCACAUUAAAAAUCGAAAAAACAGAAACCGACAAUGCCAACUUGUUUUUGGAUUGUAUUGUUUACACUGUUGAACUAACACGGUACGGAGGUCCUUUGGGAAUCACAAUCUCGGGAAGCGAGGACAGUCAAGAACCUAUUAUUCUUUCAAGAUUAACGGAAGGUGGCUUGGCAGAAAAAACAGGUGCCCUUCAUGUGGGCGAUAGAAUUUUAGCAAUUAAUAGCGAAAGCUUGGAGCACAGGCCUCUGUCCGAAGCCAUUAGGUUGCUUCAAACUUCCGGCGAUAGGGUGCAGCUAAAAAUAGCCAGACAUUUGAACCCAAAAAUAGAUCACGUUGAAAACAAAGACAUAGAAAGUGUAAUAAGUGAGCCGUUAUCAUUGCAAGAGCAUCCAGAAAAUAAAGAAAGUCAAAAUAAAAACGAGUGUGGUCAGUUGCAGUAUUAUUCAGAUACAGAGGAAACGUUCUGCCCAAGCCCUUUACCACUGCCCAAUUACAAUUUUGGUAACACGUUAAAGUACGAGGCUAACAUGUACUGCCAAAGUAAAAGUAACAAUUUUAUGGAAAGACUACCUGGAACAUACAGCAAUGAAAAUAUCUUAGGCCACGAAAUUCAUCAUGUAACGUUGUUUAAAGAUUCCAUAUACGACGAUUACGGAUUUAGUGUAAGUGAUGGUCUUUACGAAAAGGGCGUUUACAUAAAUAGAAUCAGGAAGGGUGGACCAGCAGAUAUUGUGGGACUACUAAAACCCUACGACAGAAUUUUACAGGUAAACGAUACGUGCACACAAGAUUUCGACUGCUGCUUGACGGUGCCUCUAAUAGCAUCCGCAGGUGACAGAAUCGAACUCGUUGUCUCACGAAAUCCUUAUCUAAAUCGUUCAGAAAAAGACAUUCACCUAUUUUCCUGGAGCUCCGACGACCAGGACAAUCUUUCUAAUCGCAAAAUGUUAUCAAUCAGCCAGAACACAAUCACAAAGACUUUAUAGUAAAAAAAAUAAUUCC